GGUAAAACUAAAAAUUGUUAGGAAAUAAGGAGUCUAAAUGCAAUUUGUUUCAGGGUAUAUCCAAAGGAAAGAAAUCGGGAAAUCACACUAAUCGAACUCCGAUUGCGCUUCUGAAUCUCUCGUUUUUCGACAAGAUGGAGUUCUCCCUCACCUCUCUUGCUUUUAGAGGUUCUAUAACAGAGGCAGUCGUUGAAUCAAAACAACAGAAGAAACUUUUUGUUGUCUAUAUAUCAGGUGACAAUCCAGACUCGAAACUCUUAGAAACAUCCACAUGGAUUGAUCCAAAAGUUUCUGAGACAGUGUCAAAGUACUGCAUUUUGUUGCACAUCUCGGAAGGAAGCUCUGAAGCAUUGAAUUUUUCGGCAAUAUACCCACAGCAAUCUUGCCCUUGUAUAACUGCUGUUGGAUACAAUGGUGUACUACUUUGGCAGAAAGAGGGUUAUGUCCCUGCUGACUUGCUUGCUUCCAGUCUUGAGAAGGCUUGGUUAAGUCUUCAUGUUCAGGAAACAACUGCUGCUUUCUUGACUGCUGCACUUGCUAAACAGACUGCAUCUGGAUCUUCUGAAGUGGCUUCUCCUGAACAAGUGAGAGCAGGGACACACGUAUCAACGUCAACGACAUAUGAUGCUACCCCAUCUGUGGGUGCUGCACAACUCUUGCAUUCGGAGACGAAAGAAAUUGUGAAUUCAAAUAAAGAUGCUUCCGAGGGCACAUAUUCAAAAGGAGAUGAUAUAGCUUUACCCAAACCGGCUAUUUCCGGAACUGAAACAAAUUCAGGAAGUACAUCAGGGAACCCUGUUGAGAUAGCCCAAAAAAAACAUAAAGAUGCACUACCUGUCGCAGAAAAGAAUUCAGAUGUUGAUGAUCGUCAUUUGAGCUGUCGUGGAGAGAUUAUCAAAGAAGCCAGUCAAGUGGCACGUGCUAAUACCGAGGAUAUAGCAGUUGAGAAAACUGAAGCUUCAACCUCUACCACUAAAUCAAAUGAUGUUUCUUUAAAUAUCAGAUUGCCUGAUGGUUCAAGCUUGCAAGUUAAGCUUCUCAUGACCGAUACCUUGAGAAUGGUCAGAGAUUAUAUAAAUGAAAAUCAAACGAGCAGCUUGGGCUCCUUUAGCAUAGCUAUUCCUUACCCUCGCAAGGUGUUCAACGACCAAGAAAUGGACAGUACAUUAUCCGAGUUGGGCCUUUCCAACAGGCAGGCAUUGGUAGUGGUUCCACAGAAACAGAACAAUUCUCAAUAUAGGGGAGGAUCGUCACAGAACCAAAAUCAUUCCUCAAACGAAGCUGGCUCUUCGAGUGCAAGUGAAGGAUAUUGGGGUUCUGUGAAAAGAAUCUUAUCUUACGCAAACGUCUUCUCUUACCUUGGCAGAAGCGAUUCAACGAGUGUGGCUCGGGAAUCCCAAAGUGGCAUGUGGCAAUAUAGUCCGCUUCAGAAUCCCCCGAGGGACGGGGGUAGGGUUUCUGGGAUGCAGUCAUCUGAGCAGAGUGCGCCUUCAGCCACUAGUGGCAGCAACAGCAGGAGGCGCCCCUUGACUUCUAACUACGGGGGGAAUAUCCACACCUUAAAACAUGACGAAGAUGAUGAUAGGUUCAACGACAAGAACGCGUUUUGGAACGGGAAUUCGACACAAUUUGGCGGCAAUGAUGAUCGGAAAUAAGUUUUGGAACUGGUACGUACAAUGGAUGAAAUGUAUACGCAUAUUUAUAUGUGGGUAAUAGUGAUUUUGUUACAUGGGAUGAUAUAAAGAUAAUUUAUUUUCUAUAAUCAGUUAUAGAAGACCUUGUUGGUUCCUA